AUGAGACUCGACACGAAGCACAUGCGCUACCUCACGGUGGAAGAUUGGCGUUGCCUCACCGCCGUCGAGACCGGCUCUAAGAACCACGAGGUCGUCCCUACCCCUCUAAUCGCACAAUUAUCAGGACUGCGGGGUGGAGUCCACAAGAACAUCUCUGCACUGGCAAAAGUAGGCCUCAUCGCGCGACUCAAGAACGCCAAAUAUGACGGCUACCGCCUGACCUACGGAGGUCUCGACUACCUCUCACUGAAUACCUACCGCAAGCGCAAAGAUGUCUACAGCGUGGGGAACCAAAUUGGCGUGGGGAAAGAAAGUGACAUCUUCGUCGUCGCAGACGAGCAGGGCGUGCAACGAGUCCUCAAGAUCCACAGAUUAGGUCGAAUAUCCUUUCGAACCGUCAAGGCGAACAGAGAUUAUCUCAAGAACCGGUCGUCGGGGUCCUGGAUGUACAUGUCCCGAUUAGCAGCCUUGAAAGAAUACACAUUUAUGCAAGUCCUCCGCGAGAACGGUUUCCCGGUCCCAGAACCACUGGCGCAAUCUCGACACACCAUCGUCAUGUCACUUAUCGACGCAUUCCCCAUGCGCCAGAUUUCUUCCGUCCCAGAUCCUGCGUCUUUAUACGCCGAGCUGAUAGCCAUGAUCAUGCGCCUGGCCCAAUUCGGACUCAUCCACGGCGAUUUCAACGAAUUCAACAUCCUCAUAAAAGAAGAAACCACCCCGGCCUCCGCAGACGAGAAAGAACCGGAGAAACUGACGUUGACUCCAAUCCUGAUCGAUUUCCCCCAGAUGGUAUCCAUCGACCACGCCAAUGCAGAGUACUACUUCGACCGAGACGUAAACUGCAUCAAGCGCUUCUUCCAACGUCGAUUCCACUUUACCAGCGACGAGAAGGGACCAUAUCUCUCAGAAGCUAAAAGGUUAGUAGGCAAAGACGGCUCCGUCAGACUAGACGUCGCAGUCUCCGCGUCAGGAUUCUCCAAGAAGAUGGCAAAAGAGCUGGAAGCAUACAUGAAGGAAGUCGGCGUCGACGGAGACGGAGACCCAAACGCAGCACGUGGGGACGAAGAAGAUGAUUCAGGAAACGAGGACGAGGAAGCAGAAGAGAGUGAAGAGGAUAGUGAGGCGAAACAACUGGAAGUGACGCAAGUGGAGUCUAUUCAAAAUGACGAGAAUCGGGUUAUUAUUGGCAAGGAUGUUUUCGGCAAUAAUAUAUUCGAGAAGCUGAAAAUUGAAGAUCAGACUUGA